AUGUCAUCUCGACCUGCAGCGUCACGUAGUGAGUGCUGCUUGUUGUGAGUGAGUGAGCAGCAGUGGGCGAUGGGCGACGCGUGUAUGGUAGCGACACAGCACAAGCACACAAGUCUCGCCUUCGAUCUCUUUCUCAUGACGGAGCGGACCUCCGCCUCCACCUCCGCCUGGUGCGCUUCAGCUCAGCGCCCUCUGACGUCGCGGCAUGCCACAACUUAUAACUCUCUCACCGCUCACAUCUGACUCAACUCACAAACUCUUCUCGUCCGACCUCCCGACAUGGCCUCCUAUGCGAACGAGCUGCGCGCCGCGCACGAGCAGACUUGGAAGGCGGCCACGACGCACCGGUUCGUGCGCGAGCUGUGGGCCGAUACCCUCCCUGCCUCCGUCAUGCACCGCUACCUCUCGCAGGACUACCUGUUCUGCGACACGUUCGUCGCGCUCAUGGGCUCGGCCGUGAGUAACUCGGACAACCCCGGUGUGCGCCUCUCCGUCGCGCGCCAGCUCGGAUUCGUGGCCGGGGACGAGGACGACUUCUUCCGGCGUGCCCUCUCUUCUCUUGACCACUCUUUCAAACCCACCACAUCCAUCUCGGUCGCCCCCCACGCACUCGAAGUGCCCUCGGGCCAUCACGCAUACUCGCCGCUCCCGGUCACGGCGGGCCUCCUCGCGGUUAUGGAUGAGGCGCGCGCCUCGUACGCUGCGGCCAUCACUGUCCUCCUCGUUGCCGAGUGGGUGUACCUCGACUGGGCGACAUCACACCCCGCGUCCAUGAUGCCCAAAGAGUGGACCAAUGCGAAGUGGAUCGAGCUGCACAGCGGCCCUGCUUUUGAGGCGUGGGUCGAGUUGCUGCGCAACGAGUUCGAUCGCGUCGCGGUCCAGGGCGGUAACAAAGUCAAGGUUGAGAUGGAGACGUUUUUCGCGCGCACCAUCAAGCUCGAGCUCGAGUUCUUCAAUGCUGCAUACGAGAAGUAGAGCCCAUAUCUGUGGCAGAAGCGUGUGACACAUCAGACCUCAAGGUCAGACGCAAGCGAGCGGAGUCCUAGCAGGGCAGUCCUGUCGAUGCAUACAGUAUGUACGUGUACAACCUCUCAGCGUGCGCCUCCUCACGCCCUCACCUUAACUGCGGGGAGUCCCACUACGACAUCCGCGGCGAUAUCUUCCUUGGCGCCCACCUCGACACCCGUUGCCGG